UGACAUACACAAUAACCAAGAAAGAGUAGUAUAACACAAUCCAUCUCUCUUUGUUCCUUUUUGAAGUCUCAUUUGGUUUUUCUUUUAAGAGGAAACUAAAGUAGCUUUGAAAGAUCCUUAGCACCAUAACAACCCAUUUCUGUUUCAAGAAUCUUUCCUAAAGUAGGUUUCUGCCUCUGAAAUGUAUUUGUGAUUGCAGUUCUCAAGACAAUUUUAGUUGACGAUGUUUCUGCGACUUGAGCAUUUUGGAUCUUUGGAUACAAGCAAUAGCAAUCCUUCCUGGAAGUUCCUCAUUUUGUUUUUCUUAUUCAUUGUUCUGAUGUGUUCUGGCUCGUGACAAUUUUUGCAAUUUGGAUUUGACAGGCUUUGUUAGAUAUAAAUUCAAAGCAAGUUCUAUAUGGAUCAUGGUGCUUGUGCUCUCAAUUCUACAUUGUGGACCUUUUCAAGCACUACCAUGGAUUUGGAUUCCAUGGAUAAACCCUUGUCUCAAGGAUAUGGCUUGGAGACCACUGAUAGAGUAAACUUCUUGGAGCCAGAACCCUUCAUCUCUAGUGUUCUAUAUGACUCUUCACUAUAUUCUCCAUUUAGUGCAGACUCACAUCAUCAGAUCUAUCAAAAAGAGAUGAUGAACUUGGUUGAAAACUCACCUCCAGUUUAUCCUGGAAUUGAGGGAGUGGAGACUGCCACAUCAUUAGUACAAUCUGAAAGCUUUGCACUUGAAGAUGGCAAUUCAGGCAGCAAAUGGUUAAUUGAUCCAUCUUAUUCAGUGAAACGUAGAUUGAUGCUAGCUAUUCAAUACUUGAAAGAAUAUGUGGAAGAUAGUGAUGUACUUAUUCAGAUAUGGGUGCCUACUAAGAUAGGAGGUCAAAAUGUGCUCACCACUAUUGGCCAACCUUACUGUCUUAAUCAGAAUUACAAGAGUCUUGCAAGUUACAGAAAUGUUUCAAAAACAUUCCACCUCACAGCUGAGGAGAGUUCAAAGGAGUCAGCAGGGUUGCCUGGUCGAGUUUUCUUGGGGAAAUUGCCUGAAUGGACUCCUGAUGUUCGUUUCUUCAGAAGCAAUGAGUGCCCUCGAAAAAGUUAUGCCAAGAUGUACAAUAUCAGUGGGUGUCUUGCUCUGCCUGUUUUUGAAGAAGGCAAUGGAAUUUGCUUGGCUGUUGUUGAGAUUGUAACUACUACUCAAAAGAUCAGUUAUCAUCUGGAGCUAGAAAUUGUUGGUAAAGCUCUUAAGGCUGUUGAUCUAAAGAGUUCACAAGAUUUCUUCCCUCAUGGUGUAAAGGCUUGCAAUGAAUUCCACCAAAUUUCAAUUCCUGAGAUAUCAGAGAUUUUACAAUUUGUCUGCAAGACACAUCGUUUGCCUUUAGCUGUAACGUGGGCCUUAAGUGAUCGCCGAGGUGAAAAUGAACAUUGGCAGUUUUCUGAGAAGUAUGAUCACUGUAUUGCUACUGUGGAUUCUGCUUGCUAUGUAGCUGACGGUGAUCUCCUGGGAUUCCAGGAAGCAUGCUCCGAGCAAUACCUUUUUCUAGAUCAGGGGAUAGUUGGCAAAGCAUUCACAACAAACAAGCAAUGGUUUGCUACUGAUAUAACCUCCUUUAGCAAAGCAAAUUAUCCUCUCUCUCACCAUGCUAGGAUGUUUAAUUUGCAUGCAGCUCUUGCAAUUCCUCUACAAAACAGGUAUACUGGAUUGGUUGAACUUAUGUUGGAGCUAUUCUUGCCUAGGGAUUGCAAAGAUAUUGAAGAACAAAAGCAUUUGUGGGAUACUUUGUCCAUCAUCAUAUCACAGGCUUGCAAGAGCUUUCAUGUUAUUUUGGAGAAGGAGCUAGAUGAUGAAGUCAAUGAGCAAGUGAUAGUAGCUUCAGAUGGAAGUCAUAAUAAAGAAGGAUUCCAGAAACUUGUGUCUUCUUCUUCUAAAGUACCCUCUCAAGAGGAGUCAUUCUGGACUCCCCAUGGGGGGGAUACUCAGAAAAAGGACAAAUUUGCUUUCAUAUCAUGGGAGUGUCCAAAAGAAGAACCUGAAGAAGAGUUUAAGGUUAUAACUCAUUGGGAAAAUGAUGGGAUGGACUUGUACCAAGAACAUGUUUUUUCAGAGUUGGGGCAAGUUGAGCAAAGUUCUAUGCUUAAACAUGGUGUUGAGGGUGGAGAAAAUUUUUCUAUCGGUCAGUGUUGCUCAUUAAGCAGCAAAAGACCAGGUGAGAAGAGACAGACCAAGAUAGAGAAGACUAUCAGUUUGCAAAUUCUUCGACAGUAUUUUGCUGGAAGCCUUAAGGAUGCUGCUAAGAGUAUUGGAGUUUGCCCCACCACUCUGAAAAGGAUAUGCAGGCAACAUGGUAUCAACCGCUGGCCUUCUCGAAAAAUCAAGAAAGUUAAUCACUCGUUGAGGAAACUCCAACUUGUAGUUAACUCCAUCCAUGGUGCAGAGGGUCUCAUUCAGAUCGAUUCCUUCUACAAAAGCUUCCCAGAAUUGAACUCACCAAAUUUUUCAGGGAAAGGUCCUUUUUCAUUAUCCAAUAUUAGUGAAAAUUCCAACAAAGUAAACCCCCAACCUGAGAGUGGCCUGCUCAGCCCCAAAGACUCAGAUUCAAAUUCUCAGUCCUCUUCGUGCAGUCAGAAUUCUGGUUCAACCAUCUACUGUUCCAAUGAAGAAAAGAACCUUGCCACCACCAACGGCUUGAACACUGGAUCUUCUUUAGCAAUAGAAGACCCUGUCCUGGCACUGAAAACUUAUAGCAAAGAAGAACUGCAUUCCUUGAAUCAGGAAGAACCAAAGAUCCCUACAAGCUCGCAAAGCCCUAAAACAUUACAUGGGAAUCAACGUUCCCACACUUUACCACACUUACCAAAAAGUACUGACCAUGGUUUACGAGAUGGGGUGAUCUUCAGAGUCAAAGCCACUUUUGGAGAAGAAAAUGUAAGAUUCAGCUUCCUGCCGAAUUGGGGUUUCAGGGACUUGCAGCAAGAGAUUGCUAAGCGUUUCAGAAUAGACAAUUUCAGCAGAAUUGAUCUCAAGUAUUUGGACAUUGAUCAUGAGCCCGUUCUGUUGACCUGUGAUGCUGAUCUUGAGGAGUGUAUGGACUUGCUAAGAUUCUCUCAGUGCAACACCAUUAAAAUAUCACUUCAUCAAGCUUCCAAACCAAAUCUUGGAAGUUGAUUCAGCAGCAAUGGCCUAUUCUACUCCCAGGAACAAUUUGGUGUUUCAACUUAGAAUUAGAUAUGUAGUUACUCAGAUGUUUUUGUCUGGGGAGAUUUUGAUCAAAAUCGUUCCACUUUAAUGUUGGCAGUAAAUUUCAUUGAUCUUAUUUAUUUAUCAAUGAAGAUGUAAGAAGUCUACAUAAAUCAUGGGACCAAAAUAUGCUCUGUCUUUGGCAGCAGAUGGACAAUGUAUCAGAAAUUCUGAAAGUUUGGCUUUUGAUU